GCUCCGGAUGACCCUGCCUUGGCAAGGAGGUUGGACUAAAUCAUCUCCACAGGUCCCUUCCAACCCCGAAAAUUCCGUGAUUCUGUGACCCGCGGGCUCCCAUCCCUUGGUCAGAGGGAGAGGCCCGGAACGCUCCUGCGCGGGCUCUGUUUUCCGGGGGAAGCGGCGGGACGGACCCGGGUCACCGGUGGUCAUGGAGCGGCGGGAGCAGGAGGCGCUGGAGCUGGAGCGGCGGGAGCAGCCGGCCAUGGAGCGGCGGGAGCAGCCGGCGGUGGCAGUGGAGCGGCUGGACGGGGUGACGCGGGAGCGGUUCCUGCGGGACAUCUACCCGCGGAGAAAGCCAGUAGUUCUGACAGGAAUGGAACUGGGCCCUUGCACAACCAAAUGGACAGUAGAUUACUUGAGCCAAGCUGAAGGAUCUAAAGAAGUAAAGAUUCAUGUUUCUACAGUGCCACAGAUGGAUUUCCUCAGUAAGAACUUUGUGUAUAGAACUCUGCCUUUUGAUAUAUUUGUACGAAGAGCAGCUGAAGUCAACCACCAGGAGUACUUUCUUUCUGAGGAUGAAAAGUACUAUUUGCGAUCAGUGGGUGAAGAUGCUAGGAAGGAUAUUGCAGAUAUCAGGAAGCAGUUUCCUGUUUUGGCAAAAGAUGUUCAAAUUCCAGAGUAUUUUGAGAAGGAACAGUUCUUCUCUAGUGUCUUCCGCAUCAGCUCAGCUGGAUUACAGUUAUGGACACAUUAUGAUGUAAUGGAUAACUUCUUAAUCCAAGUCACAGGGAAAAAAAGAGUUGUUUUGUACAGUCCUCGAGAUGCACCAUAUUUAUAUUUAUCAGGUACUAAAUCAGAGGUGCUGGAUGUGGAUAACCCAGACAUGGAGAAAUAUCCCCUUUUUGUGAAAGCCAAGCGCUAUCAAUGUCUUCUGGAAGCUGGAGAUGUGUUAUUUAUUCCAGCUUUGUGGUUCCACAAUGUAAUUUCUGAGGAAUUUGGAGUGGCACUGAAUGUCUUUUGGAAGCACCUUCCUGCUGAAUCCUAUGAUAAGACAGACACUUAUGGAAAUAAAGAUCCCAUGGCAGCCUCUAGAGCUAUACAGAUCUUGGACAGGGCCUUGAAAACACUUGAAGAACUACCUGACGAAUACAGGGAUUUUUAUGCUCGGAGAAUGGUGUUACGCAUCCAAGAAAAAGCCUAUAGGAAUGAUUAUGGAUAAAAUAACACAUUGUAAUUCAGCAAGCUUCUGUGUAAGUAGAAAAUUGUAUGUCAAUAUGGAAACUGUCCAUGUAUACAUACAUUUUGAGACCAAUAAAAACCGUUGGUAAAUAUUCAUCUAUAACGAA